CGCGCAGAGCGCGCGCGGCCGCGGCCAAGAUGUCGGGCCCGGGGCUGGUGGCCGGGGACGUGGUGGUGGAUGCGCUGCCCUACUUCGACCAGGGAUACGAGGCGCCGGGAGUGCGGGAGGCGGCCGCGGCGCUGGUGGAGGAGGAGACGCGGCGGUACCGGCCGACCAAGAACUACCUCAGCUACCUGCCCGCGCACGACUACAGCGCCUUCGAGACGGAGAUCAUGCGGAACGAGUUCGAGCGCCUGGCGGCCCGGCAGCCCCUGGAGCUGCUCAGCAUGAAGAGGUACGAGCUGCCAGCCCCGUCCUCGGGGCAGAAGAACGACAUCACGGCGUGGCAGGAGUGUGUGAACAACUCCAUGGCCCAGCUGGAGCACCAGGCCGUGCGCAUCGAGAACCUGGAGCUCAUGUCCCAGCACGGCUGCAACGCCUGGAAGGUGUACAACGAACACCUGGUUCAUAUGAUAGAACAAGCCCAGAAAGAGCUUCAGAAGUUGAGGAAAAACAUCCAAGAUCUGAACUGGCAAAGAAAGAACAUGCAGCUCACAGCUGGGGCCAAGCUACGGGAAAUGGAAUCCACGUGGGUGUCUCUUGUCAGUAAAAAUUACGAGAUCGAACGAACUAUUGUGCAGCUGGAAAAUGAAAUCUCACAGAUCAAACAGCAGCACGGGGAAGCAAACAAGGAGAAUAUCCAGCAAGACUUCCAGUGACUUAAUCCUGACUGUCUCACUGCAGCAUGUGUUAAAAAAAACCAGUUUGAAGAUGCUGUGUUUUUGGCAGUUGCGUGAGGUUACACAAGUUUCUGUUCUCAUUGUUUCUUUUCCUUGUUUUAAAUUCUAGGAGGAGGUAGAGUGGACUCAAAGUGUCCCGUUUAAAUGACUUAUAGGCACAGUUAAAUGUACUGUGAAUUGUUUCAGUGUUCAUAUACCCAGAGUAGGAGCUCUUCAGAAAGCCGGUCCAUGUUUUUGCGUUUCCCCCGUGCCUUUAAUAAAUCUUGGUUUGCUAUU